AUGUCUAAUCGUUAUGCUCCACUCCCUAAUCCACGUACGGACCCAGAUUCAACAGAACUAGAAGCUGCUUUCGACGAUCAAGACGACGAGGACGACGGCGGUUAUGACCUAGAUGAAUCGAGUCCUCUGACUUAUCCAAAUCCUUCGAAUUCUUCAUCUUAUAAUUUCGAGUCUCCAAUUUGCGACUACGACCAACCUCCUCCUGGUUCUCCCCCGCAACCAUCUUCUCAUGCUGUACCAAAUGAAUUCGGAAAUUCCAAUGGCAUAAUACCUGUCUUUACACUAGACUCUUUGCCCCCGCCCCCAACAGGGCCAUGGUGGAAGCGAACCGCAACUACUAUCCUACCAUCCCAUUAUGUCAACAGAUGGGGUUUCACUUCUGAAGCUAGCUCUCGCACUCCCAUUGGAGGAGGUACCAGAAAUGACGGUGUAUUCAGCAACGUAGCUGCCAAACCAUCGCAAGGCGUACGUGUUCAGGAAGGAGACAACGUAUACCUCGUUCCAGAAGAAUCUUCGAACACAGCUCCCCCAACUUACGCAGCAGCUCAAGCUGACGCUGCUCCUCCUUACCACACUCAUUCAAUCUUCCUUCCCUCUUCCGUUCAUGCAUCCCUCACUCUCUCCCAAGGCUGUGUCGUCGUAGAUGGCCUUCCCACAGGCACCCUUUUCUCCUUCCUCUGGAACGCCCUUAUCAGCACCACCUUUCAAUUCGUCGGCUUCGUUCUCACAUGGGUCAUGCACACAACCCACGCCGCUCGCUAUGGCAGCAGGGCAGGUCUCGGAGUCACUUUAAUCCAAUGGGGCUUUGGCCUCCGCGCGCGAUUAGACGACACAAAUGGUACACCUAUGGGCUCUGACCCAGCCGAUGCCUGGCCCACAUUCGCAAGCGCCCAAGACGCCAAUGAGUGGUUGGACGCCAACCUCGACCGUCUUAACAACACCACACUAGCUUCUACCGACCACAUAUCUUCCUGGUCCAACUCCGGAGAAGGAGAAGAUGGGAACAAUGGAUUCCUCACAAACGCAGCAGCCAGUGAAUGGCUUUCCUUCUUCCUCAUGACAGCCGGCUGGUUCCUCCUUCUCACAAGCGUUUUCGGUUUCUGGCGCGUCAAGCGCUGGGAACGCGGCAUCAUCUCCUCUUCUUCCAAUUCUACCGCGUCACAGCCAACCGCAGACGAUGAGACAAGGAGGCAAUCACUCUUUGAGCGUCUCGGAAUGUUCCGCGUUCCUUCACGAACAGGAUCUUCGGGUGCAGACGGAUUGGAACGGGUGCCUUCCCAUAUUGGUGAUGAUAUGGUUGGCAGAGAUACAACGUUGGAAAUGCAAUCGAUCGUUCCAACCGAUCCAGACCAUGCACGUCGGAUCAGGCGAGCAAUUGAGCGCGAGCGCAGGCUGUGCGAAGACUUGCGCGCUGCAGGCCUCUUGUAA